GUGGAGCCACCACGUCAGCAGCCUCCAGUUGCACCUCCUGCGUCCUUACCAUCUGCUGACGAUGACUGGCUCAUCCCCCGCCCCCUAUUAACGGUGGUGUCUCCGCAACAGCUCCUCUCCGACCCUUUCGUCCACCUCGGACCGAACCAAGACCUGAGCCACAGACCGCUAACGCCAGUGUACAGGUGACGGAACCAUGCAAUGAGGACGUUGACCCGGAGGCGAACAAGGUAGAUUCGUUUGAAGAACACAUUGACAGGAUGUUUGCUGCUUCUGAUGCUAAAAAGCGCAAAAGACGAAAGACUACUGAGUUUUGGGAUGUUGAACUCAUUGAUUCUGAUGGAAUAGUCAAGCAAGCUAAAAUGAGUGUGAAGGAGGAUAUGGAGCAGUUUCUUAAUGGAAGCAAGGUCAUACUGAGGUUCAACGACGAGUUGCAAGCAAUCGGAGAUAGAGCUGGAAUGUUGAGUGGCAUUCUAGGAGUGAUGGGCUCUGAUUACAGCAAGUUUCCUAUCUGUGAGAAGAGUUGGGCAAAGGUGCAGGGCAAAGACACGGUUUAUAAUGAUUGCACAAAGGUAAAAUGAC